CAGAACUUAGUAUAUAAACUAAUCAAGUCGCUAUAAUAUUAAUAGCGAGUUUCUUGAUAUUCUAGGUGUCAGUCGAUCCCGGCCUGCCUCUAUAUCGACAGCAAUGCCAUGCAACAUCGUAGGCAUUGUCUCCGCUAAUUUUCCAUCCAACAUGUAAAGAUCCCAAUAUCAGCUCUCACAGAUAUAGUCGAUAGUCUGAGGGACAAAAACAGUAAACAGAACAUGUUACAGUACACGAAUAUCAAUAUAUUUCUUGUUUUUAUAGAUGUGUUGUUAGAUACAAAAAAUAAACAAAGUGUAAAUAGGUUAAAAACAUUAGAGACACAUGCCGUUGUUUAUUAUGACUGAAUCUUCGAACAACAAAGAAGAAAACGAUGAAACAUACAACAGACACUCUUAAAUUUAGUAAGCCGCCAGGAUCUACCAAAAUAAAAGAAUUAUUUACGGUCAAAUUAUUGAUUUAAUUAAAAUCGCCGAACACACCUGUGAAUCCGUUUUAAUUGGAUAUAUGAAACGUUAAAUAAACAUAGAUGUGUCAUAAUUACCUAAUUAGACCGUUAGUUGAGUAGGGGCAAUUUUUCGGAGAGAGAGAAAACAUGUGUAUCAUAAACGGAUGAACUGACAUACUGGACAGAAUGACGUUCAGUAAGGACUGUGAAAGUUACACCAUAAAAGAUCCUGAGUAUUAUGAAAUAAUUGAGGAUGAAAUACCAAUAGAGGACGAAAUGCCCGUAAACGAAAAUUGCAAAAGGUUAUUUUAUAAUAUCAAACAAGAGAAUAUUAAUGGGAAACAUGUCGUUUAUACAGUCCAGGAAUCUGAAGAGCCCGACGUAUAUGACAUUGACAAUCAAACACCGCCUGAUUAUGAUCACAGAGAUUUUAUUGCGACCUAUAGGAAACAAGUGAAAAAAUUAAAGUAUCGGAGACGGCAUAGUUUCCGGAAGUUUUCGGACAAACACACUAUGAUACAAAACCAGCCGUCACAUGCUGCGGAAUCAGUAAAACAAAAAAAGAAAAUGUCCGAACACAAAAUUGAAAAAUAUUAUGAGCUUGGUACUAAAAUAAAACAACCAACAGAAGAUAAAACGAGGGAAUGUCAAAUUUGCUUCAGGACUUUUUUGAAAAGAAGCAACUUAAAAAGACACAUGGCUGUCCAUGCAAAUGAUCCGGUUUCCAUUAGAACAUUUAAGAAUAAGAUUUCUGGCAAAAAAUUUGGGGAGAGAAGCAAUUAUCAAAGUGCAAAAACUCACAAUCAUAAAAUAAAAGAGGAUCUGAAGAAGUUCAGAUGUAAACUUUGUGGAAAACAGGAGUCGAGUAAGAGAAAUUUUGCCAACCAUAUGAGGGUUCAUACAGGCGAACGACCUUUUCAGUGUGAGCUGUGUCAUCUCACCUUUAAACAAAAGAGUGGUCUACGACGACACAAUAACGUUCACACUGGGGAAUUUUUAUACAAAGGGAAGCCUAUCCAGUGUGAAAUAUGUGGACGUUUUUUUGGACAAAACCAGCAGUUAAAACGCCAUAUGAAAUAUCACAACCCGUCACCUACGAGAGAAUACAAAUGUGACCACUGUCCAAAAGAGUUCAGUGAAAAGCAUCAUCUCGUACGACACGCUCGCCUACAUACUGGUGAAAAACCCUAUAAAUGUGAUUUUUGCGACAAACGAUUUACUUUUCACGCUGCUUAUACUUGUCAUCGAAGGAUUCACACGAAAGAGAAACCUUAUACGUGUGGUUUGUGUGAUAAAUCAUUUACACAAAGGUCAACAUUGAACUUUCACAUGCAUGUGCACUCUGGCGAACCUCGUUAUAAGUGUAAAGUAUGUGGAGAAAAAUUUGGUCAGCACCAUCGUCUGAAAAAGCACAAACUACAAUUAAAUCAUUGAAGAUUUAUGUAUUUUAAAGCAAAUUUUAGCUAAGUGUUGUUACUUAGAAUUCGCUGUAUACUAGU